UUCUGUUAGUCGUCUCUUAUGAGACUAUUCAGUAUAAGUUGCUGAUGAUUUGCUCUGAAUUAAAAAUUUAAAUUAAUUUCAUUUAAAGGAAAACAACAACAAAAUUAAUUUCUUUUGUUUUGUUUUUUUUUUUUUUUUUUUUGGGUGCCUUUUGUUUUAAUUGAUAAAACUAAUCAAACGAAUGCAAUGAAUCCCUGUAAGAUUUGUGCUGCAGAAACUAAAAAUAGUUGUUCCAAUUGCAAACAGAUCUACUACUGUUGCGCGGAACAUCAAAAACAAGACUGGAAAUCACAUAAAACCAAUUGUCGACCAUUUAAGAUUGUAUUUAACGAUCUAUUAGGCCGUCAUUUGAUUACCACACGUAAUAUUAAACCAUUUGAAGUGUUGAUUAAAGAGGCCCCAUUGCUGAGGGGACCUUCACAAGCCACCCCACCGGUUUGUUGUGGUUGCUUGAAUGCCAUUGAGCCAAGCGAUUAUAUAAAUUGUGAACGAUGCGGUUGGCUGUUGUGCGGCAAUGAAUGCAAGCAGAAAUCGGAGCAUAAAUACGAAUGUGAGUUAACCGUUCAGAGAGGUAGAAAAGUGAAUGUACAGGAAUUCACUAAUCCUCAUCCCAUGUAUCAGUGCAUAACCACGGUUCGCGGCUUAAUGUUGCGCGAUAAAGAUUCUGAACUUUGGCAAAAGUUUAUUACCUUAGAAUCGUUAGAAAAUGCAAGACGAGAUUCCAUGCAAUGGAAGGUCGAUUAUGAAACUGUUUGCAAAUUUAUAUUAAAGUUUUUCAAUACUACUUCGUUUACUGAAGACGAGAUAAUGCGAGUAAUUGGUAUUUUACAAAUCAAUGGUCACGAAGUACCCGUUUCUGAUCCGCCUCAUGUCGCAAUCUACUAUAAUGCCUCAUUUCUCGAACAUUCAUGUAUACCUAAUUUAGCGAAAAGCUUCAGCAAAGACGGCCACUUAAUCAUUUGGGCUCCGCGGGCCAUUAAGAAAGGCGAUCAUUUAAGUAUUUGCUAUUCGGAUUCAGUUUGGGGAACCGCCGAUCGACAGCAUCAUCUUAUGCAAACUAAAAUGUUUAAAUGUAAAUGUUCUCGAUGUGAGGACAUUACGGAGUACGGGACCAAAUAUAAUGCUUUACGUUGCGAAAAAAGCGAUUGCGACGGUUUCAUUUUGCCCAAAUCGCUAAACGAUUGGCAUAAGGAGUGGAUUUGCGAUAUUUGUCAGUUACAAGUUGAUAGAGGUUAUGUGAAUAAUAUUUUGGAAAGAGCCGGCAGCGAUCUGAAUGCUAUGGAAAAAACUAAAGAAAAUUGCAUAAAGUAUGUAGAACAUUAUAAGAAAUGGUUACCCGGUCAACAUUAUUAUAUGUGUGAAGUUAAAAUUCAUUUAAUACAACAAAUUGGCAGGGAGCCCAAGGAAUUAAUUACAAUUAGCGAUGAUGAAUUACAAAAGAAAUUAAAAUACGCACGCGAGUUAAUACAAUUGUAUGAGAUUUUGGCACCUUGCGAAGUUCGGAUGUUAGGAACAUUGUGCUUUGAAAUGCACUCGGCAAUGGCAGAGCAAUCACGCCGGAUCACUGCAAAUACUAAUGUAACACCAAAAGAACUCUUAGAAGAGUCUUUAAUGUACGUUGAAAAAUGCGUUAACUACUUGCAAUACGAAUCGGAUAUAUUUGUCGAGGGACAUAUACUUAAACAAGCUAAAAUCAAUAGAGAUGCUCUUAACAUGGUUAUGCGCAUGUAAUUGAGUAAAGACAGAUGGAAAUAAUAAAAGAUAAAAAAACAAAAAAACUAAAGCAAAUUUUGUGUU